AUGGCUACUGAAGCCCCGCUCCAAUACGAGCCAUCUGCUGGAGCUACGCACCUUCAAAUCACCGAUACAUUGCCCUCAGAAGUCGUUCAAUGCUUACAGAACGCCCGUUUUCUCCACCUCGCAACAUGCACGAACCUCUACCCUCAUGUCUCCCUGAUGAAUUACACAUACCUCCCAUCCUCGCCCCAUAGCUCCUCCCCAACGAUCAUAAUGACAACCAAUCCAUGUUCGAAAAAGACGCAGAAUCUGGUUUCUAAUCCACACGUCUCGCUACUCGUUCACGACUGGGUAUCACACCGACCGCCAACUACCGCCCGCCGCGGUUCCACCGCCGAGAGAACCGGUUCGCCGCCUCCUGAAGCAUCGCGGUCAUCCCUCGCUACGCUGCUGCUGAACUUGAAUACGAGCGCUUUAAGCAGUAUCAGUGCGACUAUCAAUGGAGUGGCGAGGCUAGUGGAGCGAGGCACCGAGGAAGAGAGAUAUUACAAGGAAUCCCAUCUAGAUAAUAACACCUUUGUCGAUGUUGAAGAUGGGCGGAGGAGUAGCUUGUGGAAUGAGAGGGAGAUAGCGACGGAACAUGGUGAUGGCGGGAGGGAAAGCUUUAUUGAAGAUGAGGAUGUGAGGGUUGUUGUGGUCAAGAUUACAGAUGGGAGGGUCUCGGAUUGGAAAGGCUCGGUGAGGGAUUGGAGUUUGGUAGGAACGGGAGUAGAAACAGAGGGAGGAAAUAAUGUGCAAAGUGAAGGCUUGCCCAAUGGUGUGCCUUCAGUCUAA